AUGGGUGCUGUGUCAGCGAAAGGAAGAUAUGCGCAAAUGCUGUUCAAGAAUUUAUUUGAAGAUUAUACCGAUGCACUGAGGCCUGUGGAAGAUACAGAUCUUGCACUAAAUGUCACUCUGAUAGUCACCCUCUCACAAAUUAAAGAUAUGGAUGAAAGGAACCAAAUUCUGACUGCUUACCUGUGGAUUCGACAAAUUUGGUUUGAUGCUUUCCUGAAGUGGGAUCGAGACAAAUAUGACGGACUUGAUGCUAUUCGAAUACCCAGUAGUUCUGUAUGGAGACCUGAUAUUGUUCUGUAUAACAAAGCUGAUGAUGAAUCUUCUGACUCCAUGGAAACAAAUGUGGUCUUAAGAUACGAUGGGCAGAUUAUGUGGGAUUCACCAGCCAUUACCAAGAGCUCGUGUGUCGUUGAUGUGGCGUAUUUCCCAUUUGAUGAUCAGAGAUGCAACCUUACUUUUGGUUCAUGGACCUACAAUGGAAACCAGGUUGACAUCACAAAUGGACUUGAUAGUGGAGACCUGUCUGAUUUUGUGGAGAAUGUCGAAUGGGAAGUACAUGGAAUGCCAGCAACAAAAAAUGUGAUAACAUAUGGAUGUUGUUCAGAUCCAUACCCAGAUGUCACUUACACCUUAAUUCUCAAAAGGAGAUCCUCCUUUUACAUUUUUAACUUGUUGAUCCCAUGUGUAAUGAUCUCGUUCCUAGCCCCAUUAGGAUUUUAUCUACCUGCUGACUCUGGAGAGAAGGUGUCACUUGGUGUGACUGUACUGCUGGCAUUAACUGUGUUUCAGCUGAUGGUUGCAGAAAGCAUGCCUCCAUCUGAAAGUGUUCCACUAAUUGGUAAAUAUUACAUAGCAACAAUGACAAUGAUCACCGCCUCCACUGCACUGACGAUUUUCAUCAUGAACAUUCACCAUUGUGGGCCAGAAGCCAAGCCAGUUCCAAAAUGGGCAAAGGUGAUCAUAUUGCAGUACAUGUCAAAGAUCUUUUUUGUGUACGACAUUGGUGAAACCUGCACCAUGCCGCGAAAAAAAGAGGAAAAGAACCGUAAACUGCAGACAGAUAAUUCCAAAGCAAAUGUAAAAUAUAGAAAAGAGAAAGAAUUAACAAUAAAGGAUCGGCAUUCUAAACAUCACCAAUUGCAUCAGUGUCCUGUGUGCAACCACAAAGAAAGCGAUGGACAUUUUGAAGGAAGCAUAGGCAAUAGUUGUGCAAGUGAAGAGGAUCUUAAUGUGCCUUCGUGUACUUGUUACUUACUCCGAGGCAGGGCGGCAAGAAACAUUGAAUUUAUAGCUGAUUGUUUCAGAGAGCAAAAAGCAACCAAUGCAAAAUCUGCUGAGUGGAAGAAAGUGGCUAAAAUAAUGGAUCGUUUCUUCAUGUGGAUAUUCUUUGUUAUGGUGUUCUUUAUGAGCAUUUUAAUUGUAGGAAAGGCAUCAUGACUUCAUUUUGGCAUGCAUUAUAUAAUUUGUCUUUGUUUGGUAUAUUAUAAUUCCAGCAGUAUUGUAGUUUUGUGUGUGGGUGCUAGUGAAAUUUGGAAAUGG